CGUUGUUUGCAGUCAUAACCGCCAUAUUGUAUAUGUAGCGCGGGUCACUGGCGCGUGUAUGGGACUUCUUGUGAAUAUUUAGUGAAGUAAAAGUGAUUCAAUCGUCUAAAUUCUUAGGAUAAUACACGCUAUGGAUCCAGCUAAAUUAAAAGUCGUUGAGUUAAGAGUGCAGCUGUCUCAGCGUGGCCUUGACACGAAGGGCAACAAAGCGGUUCUUGUUGAGAGACUUAGGAAGGCGUUGGAAGAGGAAACGGAAAACAAACCCGAACAAAAGAUGACUGAAAAUACAGAAAGUGUAGAUGAUACCGCUUUGAAGGAAGCGAGUAAGAAAUCAGUUCAACCGCCAAAAACACCAAGUCGUUCUUCUAGAAGUUCAUCCCUGACACCGACAAAAAUUAGUACCAGAAGUACACCAAAGCAUCUAACGACAACAGUAUCUACUAAAACAUCUAUGUCAAAUAAAGAUAUGGAGAAAACUAAAGAUUUAUUGACUACUACUGAACAAAUUCCAGAAGAUGAUAUAACUACUGAAAGAGAUUUAAAAACUCCUCCUCCUCCUCCUCAAAAGGAUAAUGAAGAGGAAGACGAAGAAGAUGAACAAGAUGUACCAACAACGCUUCCACAGGAAAAGGUACAAAUGUCUACUUCAGAAGAUCUUAAGGAAGACUCGAGCGAAGAUAAAAAAGAACAAGAUAAUUUAUUAAAAAUUGAUAUGGACGAAGAUGCAUUAUUGAAAGAUAAUCCAGAAGAUGCAUUAUUGAAAGACAGUUCAGAAUAUGCACUAUUGAAAGAGACAUCAGAAGAAACGUUAUUGAAAGAUUCAUCAGAAGAUGAACCAGUAACAGAUUCAUCGGUACAAGAAGCAAAGGAACGUGCUGAGGAACAAUCUUCCGAGAUAUCAAUAGAUUCUAGUGAAAAAUCUGAAGAUAAGACAAAACAAAUGAACGAAAAAGAACAACCUGAUGUUGAGAUGGAAAAGGAUGAAACUGUUGAUAAUGAAAGCAAUUUGAAGAAUGUUGAAUCAACAGAUGAAAGUAUUCAAAAUGCAUUGAAUGAAGAAUCACAAAAAGAUGUAGAAAAAAGUGUAAUAGAUAAUCAAUCAAAAGAUAAUGUUUCCGAUGUGGACUGUGAUGUCGAAAUGAAAGAAAAUAUAGAAACCAUAGAACAUGUAACUGAGAAAGAGGAUAAAGAUUUAUCAAUAGAAAAACCAGUAGGACAACCGAUUUCAGUUAUUUGCGAAAAUCAAAAAGAAUCUGAGACAGUACAAUCAGAAGAUAACAAAAAUAUUAAGAAUGAAGAAGAAACAAAGGUAGAUAAAGAUGAUCGACAAUUAUCAGAUACUAAGGUAAUAACUGAAGAUGCAUGUAAUGAUGCAUCCGUAGGUGACCAGGACGUAGAAAUGGUAGAAGUUAAACGUGAAGAAAACAUAAAGGAAGGUAGUAAAGACUGGAAUAUGGAUCAUAAUGACAGAAAACGUAAAAGAUCUUCUAGUCCUCAAGAAGAAUUGCCAAAAUCUCCUUCAUCGCCUUUAUCAGAAAAUGAACCUGAAAUUGAUGAUAAUGCUGUUGUUCUCUCUUGGUAUGAUUCAGAUUUAAAUCUACUUAUUGAAAAAAAUAAUUUUCUAUCUGCUACGCCGAUGCACAACGAUGGUUUUGGCUAUAUAUGGGCAGGAGCUAGGGCAUCUCAUGGCUACAAAAGUGGGAAAAUUUAUUACGAAGCUAAAAUCGUUGAUCACUGUUCCAUUAAUGCGCAAGACGAAGAAUAUUCGCACGUACUUCGUGUAGGAUGGUCUGCUUCUCAUACUUCUAUGCAACUUGGCGAAGACAAAUUAAGUUACGGUUAUAGCGCGACAGGAAAGAAAUGUACAGAAAAUAAGUUUGAAGAUUAUGGAUCUCAAUUUACUAAGGAUGACAUUAUUGGAUGUUAUGCAGACAUGUCUCUUGAAAAUAACGUUGUAUUAUCAUAUACACUGAACGGAAAAGAUUUAGGAACUGCAUUUUCCAUACCUAGAGAAGAGCUUGGAGAUAAAGCAUUAUUUCCACAUGUUUUAAGUAAAAAUUGUACUUUUACUUGUAAUUUUGGUCAAGAAAAACCAUGGUGCGAAGAUAUUUUGGAAGGAUAUAAUGUAGUGGGUAACAUUGAUCUCAAAGAUAGAACUCCAGGACCACGAAGACCGGAAAAGAAAGAAGAUUGCGAAGUUCUAAUGAUGUGUGGUUUACCUGCAGCUGGAAAAACAGUAUGGGCGACAAAAUAUGCAGCGCAAUACCCAGAAAAAAUGUACAAUAUUUUGGGAAUAAGCACGCUCGUUGAUAAAAUGAAAAAUAUGGGUCAACCACGGAAACAAAACUAUCAUGGUCGAUGGGAAGUACUUAUUGAAAAGUGUACUCGUACAUUAAACAAAUUAUUAGAAAUGGCAUGCAGUAGAAGACGUAAUUAUAUUUUAGAUCAGACAAAUGUAUAUCCUUCUGCGCAAAGACGAAAAAUGAAGAAUUUCAGUGGAUUUCAACGUAGGGCAAUAAUUGUAGUACCAACAAAUGAAGAAUUCAAAGCACGCACUGCUAAACAUGAAGCAAUUGAUGGAAAGGCUGUUCCUGAUUCAGUAGUCAUGGAAAUGAAAGCCAAUUUUAGUGCUCCAGAAGUUGGAGAAUCUUUCAAUGAAGUUAAUUGGGUCGAACUUAAUAAAGAAGAUGGUAAAAAAUUAAUAGAAAAGUAUAACAAGGAAGGAAAGGAAGCUGGUUACGGACAACAACAAUCUAGCAGUAAACGACCAAGAAAUGAAGGUCAUAAAGACAGCCGUGAUUCACGAAAUAGUCGUGAUAGUAGAGAUAGUCGUGAUAGUCGUGAUAGUCGAGAUAGUCGAGAUAGUCGAGAUCAUCGGGAUCAUCGUGACAGAAGAAGUAGUUACCCAAAUAGAAAUCGUAAUUCCAUGUGGCGCGGUGGUGGUGGUGGUGGCGGUGGCAGUAGUAGUAGUAUGGGAAGUUGGAGAGACAGAUCUAUUAGAGGAGGUCAUAUGAGACAUAGUGGAGGAUAUGGUCCUCCAAGCACCUGGAGAAGCAGGGGUGGUAUGCUUAUCCCACCACAUCGUGGAGGAGAUAGGAGAGGUGGAAAUAAUGACAGAAGAAGUGGAAAUGAUAGAAAUCGAUCUGUAGCACGACAAAGUGGUGGAUGGGGUUCAGCUAGUAGUUACCAAGGAUCACAAUCAUCAGGAUGGAAUCAACCAGGUGGUGGUGGUAGUUGGUCCAGUAGCAGCCAAUCUCAAGGAGGAGGGUGGGUACAAGGAGGAGGAUGGGCAGGUCAACAGCAAUCAGGCAGUUGGAAGAGUUAUGGCCAAGGAGGAUCAUCGUACAGCCAGUGUAGUUACAAUCAGCAAGGUUAUGGUAAUGGAAAUUGGAACCAACAGUAUUAUAAUCAGUAUUGGGAUCCGCAACAGUCAAGUGGGCAGACAACUGCAGCUGGUAGCCAAGCUGUAAGCAAACAAUAAUCCCAGCACAGUAAAUGUUACCAGAGUGGAACAGAAAGUAAGAUUUCUAAACAUGGAGUUAAAGGAGUGUGCUAAAAAAAAAAUAGCAUAAUUCGAGAUGUUACAUAUUGCACAUUACAUAUAAAAAAAAUUAUUAAAAUGACUGUGAUAAGUAUAUCAACGAAGAGAACGAUCGCAUAUCUAAAACUUAGUUUCUUUUCUUUUUGUGUUUAUAUAACAUAUGUAUAAAAGAAGUUGACGGAGUUUUAAAAA